AUGUACAACUAUCUUUGGACUUUAGGGUAUAUUAUUAUCCUGAAUUUUAUUUACGUACUGGUGGCUGUAGUGGCCUGGUACCAUUUAUGGAUUAAAGGACUCGGAGAGAAGAACGUGGCAGGCUUGGACAAAAGGUAACUAUUUUACACCACUCGCAGUCCAUCUAUUCUAUACGAGUUCUUUAAGAAAAUGCUGUCAAAGUUCGACAGAGGCUACUGGUCUGCUCAGUGUGGCUAAGACGCCUAUCUAUAUUUAUUGUUUCAGCGCAAAUUGAUCAGACUAGCCAUUAUUCUCGCCAUAUCGUCUAUGGUCGUUAGUCUUUCAAUCAACUUAUUUGCCUCCACUGAUCAGCAGGAGUGGUUCGAGCGAUCUAGUCUUAACAAUAAACAAAUCUCACCAAUAACUGCCUGGGUUCAUUGCGGACUCGCUCUGCUUUUCAGUCUGCUUACUUUCUACACAGUAUUUGAUUUAAGAGAAGAAGCCAGAGAUUUAUACAGAGAAAAUCAAAAAGAAAAGUGCAAGGUUAAGGAUUACGAGUGGCUCAAAGCAAGAACUCUCCAUGUUAGAGGACUUCUCCCCAAGGACAGAAGAGGAGAUAUGUUGAAAAACGAGUUAAACUUGAUGUUAGAACCAAUCCAAGGCAAGGUCCUAGAUGUGGUAGUUAUUCCCGAUUUCUAACGACUCUUUGACCUGGAAAUUGAAAAGAAGGAUCUAGAUGACUUGCAUCACCUUGUAGCUGCUCACGGCAGUCCAGGUUGCGGUCGCUAAGCCAUCUUCAAAUGCCUGUGGACUCAGAGCAGCUCAGUUUAGGAGAGACAGGUUCAGUUGGAUCAGGAUAUUCAAAACGAAAUUGAGAAGCCUUUCCUUUCAUCAGGUCAUGCCUUCGUUGUCCUCGACAGCGUGAAGAGUCUUAACCACUGUGUACAGCAAUCUAACAUGACUCCCACCUAUGCCUGGAGGCUUGCUAAGGUGUCAGUCAAAGAAAACAUCCAGUAGUUCUUCAGUCAGAAGUUCAAGAGAACCAUGAGCUAGGACAGACAGACGUUCAAUUAGUUUGAAGAUGAGGAUCUAGAAAUAGCUUAGGGAUAUAGAGACAAGGAUCUCACUCUUAUUAUGAGUGAAGCUGGAGAUCCAAUUGAUAUCAUUUGGGGAAACAUGGGUGGCACCAGAGGUGUCUACUUCUUCAGAAAGGUAUUCUUCAACAUUAUUGGACUGUCAAUUGUGUUUUUCCUAUCUACUCCAGCUGCUAUUUACUCAACUCUCAAGAUGAUCUAGUUCUUCAGUUUCUUGGAUAUUACCACUAAAGUUCAGAAUGACUCACUAUGGGGCAGCUUCCUAACUACCUUCUUUCCUCCACUUGUCAUUAUAUUUAUCAACAACAUUUUGCUUUAUAUGAUCUACUACUCAGCUUACUGGGAGAAGAGAGUGACUCACUCAAAGUAUCAAUACUCAAUCUUCAACAAAGCCUAUAUUUAUCUUGCUUUAAACAUGCUUAUCAUUCCAGCUGUGACUAUCACCAGUCAAUCCUCCAUGCUCUAAGUGGUUAAAGCAAACAACUACAACCUUAUUGCUGUUCUAUCGCAGUUCUACUCAACAGACUCUGGAGUCUUCUUCGUUUCAAUGCUGAUCUAGAAUGCUUGUCUAUCUCUUUGCACUAACUUAGUCAGAUCUGGUGAUAUUGGCUCAGCCUUCUUUUCUCCCUGGCUUAGUCACUACAGAAGAAAGUACAUUAAUGAUGCCUAGGUGUGGAGAAGAAGAGAGUUUAUGGUCUUCCAGUAUGGAUUCUACUACGCUCAACACUUAGUCAUAUUUGCUAUAAUUCUAGUAUUUGCCAGCACUGUUCCAAUGACUGCGGUCGGCGGAAUAUUAUUCUUUGGAAUGAGACAUAUCAUUGACAGCUAUAACCUGCUUACUUUGAAUAGAAAAGAAAUUGACUCAUCUUGCAAGGUGUUCCAAAAGAUUCUUCUACAUAUUCAGUUUGCUAUAUUGCUACUUUAACUUUGCUUGAUGUCUUUCUUGUAUCAGAAGGACUUUUUAUCAUGUGCAUGUUUCAUGGCUUUGAUCUUCGCUAUCAGCUCAAUAGUAGUCUUCCUCACCAAUAAAAGCCUCUUCGAUAUUGCCAAGCAGGACCAAUCAAUUUUUAAUGACACAUAAGAGCCCACACCUCUAGAAGAAGAAAUUGGAGGGUCAGUUGACGGAGAAAAUUCAAUGCUCUAUGUACCUCUAAUGAAGUGGAGACAAGAAUACAAUCACCCACUUAUGAUAGGUGCUAAUGCUGACAGAUCAGAAGCCGCUCCUUCAACAAAGGGAGAUGGAGAGUUAAAGAACUUGGAAGAAGUCAAAGCCAAGAAUAACCUUAGUCUGGGCAAAGGAGGGGAUAGGAAUCAAGAUCAAAUGCUUAAAGAGAUGAUAUUCGCUUCAAGUGGAUAAGAAUUCGACAGAAAAUCUGGAAGAUACUCAAAUAAUGGCAGAGUGUCUGGAUCAUAAAGCCAAACUCCAAAUCACAGCAAUAUGAUGCCAACUGACCUGUUUGGAGUGAAUCCAUUUGGUGAUGACAGAGGGUAGGCAGUUCACAAUAAAAAGCAAAGUCUUGGUAGCUAUUCUCAAUACAACAAAUCUGCUAUGGGAGUAUCCACUAAUCACUAAACUAACUACUCUGUCUAAAUGAACAAUAACAAUAUGAACAACUUCACUGAUUGA